AUGGUAUUGAUUAUAACAGUGGCUGUUCUUUUAAUAUUAAUAUACUACUAUGGAACUCGAAACUACACUUAUUGGUCUAAGCGAGGAAUCAAGCACGACAGGCCCAUCCCAUAUCUUGGCACGGCCAAACGACAGCUCUUUUUUCAAACCAGUCAGUUUGAAAUCUUUGAAGAGAUGUACUGGAAAUACCCGCAAGAAAAAUACGUCGGGUAUUACUAUGGGACCACACCGCUUAUUAUCCUGAGAGAUCCAGAAUUAGUUAGGCGGUUUUUAGCAACAGAUUUCAGCCACUUCUACUCAAGAUCAAUGGUUCCCCUACAUGGUAAACCGGAGCCAAUAAUGAAUAACCUGUUCUCUUGCGAGGGAAAUUUGUGGAGAUUUCUUCGACAGAAAAUGACACACGCAUUUUCAUCUGCAAAAUUAAGAGCUAUGUAUCCUCUUAUUAUUUCUAGAACAGAUAAAUUACGGCAACUUGCUACCGAAGCUUCCUUGAAAGGUACAGAAGUAGAUGUUAGAGAACUUAUGGCGCGUUAUACAACCGAUUUUAUAGGAGCUUGUGGCUUCGGACUCGAUCCAGAAGCUUUAAACGACGAAAAUUCGUUGUUUAGCCGUGUGGGACAUCGUAUAUUCCACACCACCAUUCGUGAUGCGGUUGUGAUGUUCUGUAAAAUAAUGAUGCCCGGUUUAUUCAAGAACUUUCACUACUGGCCCGAGUUUGUGGAGAAGAAUAUGUUUAAACUUGUAGAUGGCAUAAUUGCUCAGAGGGGUCAUAAGUCAUCAGGUAGAAACGAUUUCAUAGAUUUGCUUCUGGAAGCAAAAGAAAGAGGAGAUAGUUCGGGGUGCACUUCAUUUGAGGCGAAUCUCAGUGAAACUCCACGUCUUGAGGAUCUGAAGUUGACUGAGGAGCUGAUGGCUGCGCAAGUUUUCGUGUUCUUUGCUGCGGGGUUCGAGACGUCUUCGAAUUCAUCCAGCUACAUGUUACAUGAGUUAGCACAUCAUCCUGAAUACCAAAAGAAGUGCCAAGAGGAAAUUGAUGAAGUGCUCGCGCGAUACGACAAUAAAUUGUGUUAUGAUGCUGUCAACGAAAUGAAGUUCCUGGCUAUGUGUUACAGCGAAUCGCUCCGAAUUUUCCCAGCUGGUGGUUUACUGAUACGUAAAUGUGAAAAACCCUACGUAAUCCCUGGCACUGACAUAAACCUGGACCCAGGAGUAAAAGUGGUGGUACCUGUCAGGGCCUUACACAGAGAUCCUUUAUACUGGGAGGACCCUGAAGAAUUUCGUCCGGACAGGUUUCAUACGGAUAACAUGGCUAAAAUCAAUAACAAUAUAUAUUUGCCGUAUGGAGAUGGACCUAGGAGAUGUAUAGGAGAGCGUCUCGGCGUCAUGCAAUCCCUGGCCGGCCUGGCCGCGGUGCUCAGCGAAUUCUCCGUGGCCCCUGGAAAGAGCACCGUGCGGCAUCCACCCCUGGAUCCGUCCGUGUUUCUGGUGCAGAGCGUGAUUGGCGGCUUGCCGCUCAUGUUGCACCCUAGAAAGAAGAACUUGUGA